UGUCUGCUGUCAAUGAUGUAUAGAUUAGUGUUACAGAAAUCUGUCACAGUGACAAGUGUUAGGAAGUGUAGUCACAUUUCCCGUGUAUCCUCAGACCGGGUCUGGAUCAGUGAUCUAUUCAAUCUCAUCUUGACAAACACAGCAGGGGAUAAACUACAUCAUCUGACAGAUAUACGUAGUAUAUGGGGAGGACACACUGUGAACAAUGACGGUGAUUUAAUUUAUAUAGACAGUCACGAUAACAUAAACAAACUGUCUACAGAGAACAAAGUAAAGACUACAUUAAUAAAGUACACAGCACCAUGGAGACCACUGAGUGUCUACAGCUCCCCCUCCACUGGAGACCUGCUGGUCGGGAUGUGUAGAUUUGAUACAAAGACAGGCAAGUUAGUGCAGUAUAACUCCACAGGAGAACACAUCCAGACCAUACAGUACAACAACAACACAGGUCAGAGACUGUAUAGAUAUCCUAGCUACAUCACAGAGAACCGCAAUGGAGAUGUUAUUGUGUCUGACUUUGGCCGUGAUGCUGUAGUGGUGACAGAUCGUGGUGGAAGUCUUCGCUUCUCCUACACAGGACCUCCAUCAGGAUCACGACUACGACCACGUGGAAUCUGUACAGACGGGCUGUCACACAUCCUGGUGUGUGAUUGGUUCACCCACUCAGUACAGAUGAUAGACAGAGAAGGUAACUUCCUGUCACAGAUACAGACAUCACCACACGGGAUAAACAGACCACAGGGCCUGAGUUAUGAUGAUACCACACACCUACUGUGGGUAGGUUCAGCCAUCAACAACACAGUAAACAUAUAUAGAGUGGUAGACAGAGACUCUCUGACUGGCCUCCCAAAAUGCAAAUAUCAUCCCAGAGGUACAUUGGAAGACUUCUGUGUCACAUGUGAGGUUCCCUUGUGUAAGGAGUGCACCUCAGAAGAUCAUAGAGGACAUGACUGUAGAGAUGUAAGGAGAAGCUUGGGGGAGAUUCACACACAAAUAGAUGGAGAUGCAGUGUUGAUGUGCCUUCUUCUGUGCAAGUUAUACAGAAUCAAUCUAAAAGAGGGACGUUGGAUUGAGAAAUACAAUGCUGUUGCAGAAAGUUUCAAUUUCAAGAAAAUCACGACAGAAUCCAGCCCUGCCAAUUUGGAAAAAUUUAGUCCAAUACUGAAAUAUAACAAUUCAGAAAUAAUGUUUUCUCAUGAAUUCCUUAGACAUGCCAGUUUUCUCAAUUUUGUAGAAGAUCCUAAAUUUCUGGAUAUUUUUCUGACUUGGGCAGAAAAAGAAAAUAUAGUUGAGUACUGCAGGUCAUGGAUAUACCCCUCACAAGUGAAUGAAGUCUUCUGCUGGUUAUUGCCACAACAAACGGAACAAUUGAUAGAAAGACUUGGAGAAGAUAUUUUCAAACACCCAACAUGGCAGGACACAUCCGUACAUGACAUGGUAUUCAGCAAGGUUGGCAUACCAAUGCAGAUAAUAAUGAGAGGAGAUAAAACCGUGAAGAACUACAUCGAGAAUCUGAGGAAAGGUAGAACGAUGAUGUACCACGCCUCUGGGAUGAUAGUAGGGUGUGCUGGUAGUGGGAAAACAACAUUGUUAGAGAGACUGAAGGGUAUUGACCUAAAAGAAAUUCUGAAAAAUACCAAAUCAACGAGGGGAAUUGAUGUACAUUAUGACAUAUUUGAUGUGUCAAACACCAUCAAAGUAAACUCAUCAGAUCAAAAACAACACUUCAAGGUAACAUUUGAUGAAACCAGUCAAAUCCACGAUGUUCCAGAACCCCCAGUAGAAGUAACUGAUGAUUUAAAAAAGCAGGAUAUUGAAGUACCAAUGGAAGGUGAAAACAUUGCCAGUGACAUAGUUAGUGUGGAACAGACGUCAGGGGCCAACAUGAAUCUUGAAGCUGAUUUGUCGAAAGGAAUCAACGCUGCUACUUUGUCUGAUAAACCUAUAGGAGAAAUUGAUGAUAGGGAGAAUGUUGCUCAAGACUCUGAAAUAUCGGGAAUUUUACGUGUUACAAGAAAUGUUUCUGAUGAUCCUGAGAAAAGAAUCACUAUGGUUGAUUUUGCGGGACAGUGUGCUUAUUAUGCGUCGCAUCAGAUUUUUCUGAGUCCACGGGCAUUCUUCAUUCUGGUGCUCAAUAUGGAGAAAAGGUUUGAUGAUAAGGUUGGAGAGGAAGUGUGUUGCCAGGAAGGCUCAAUUUUUAAGGAAUGGACUUAUAAAGGUUUGAAGGAAUGCUUUUUAUCUUACAAUAUCAAAUAUAUUAAGGUUUUUCUAUGA